UACUCCGCUGUCUUUGUUAGUGUUUCUCGGGGUGGUUGCCGCAGGACGGCGGGGGGAGUGGGUGUGAGACAGACGUGGGCUUGUUUUUCUAGUUGCUUAAUAGACAUGUAGGCUUGUAGGGAGAACGUUUCCUUGAGGUACUUUAGGAAGCGAGGAGGAACAAACGCCGGCCGGAUCUUAACAGCUACAGUAGCUGCGGCUUUUGUUUAUUUUGGGGCGCAUACGAUUUUUUCAAUCUACUGUGCAGGAUAGCCAGUAGGACGCUUCCCUUCUGGAAAUCGAGGCGCGUCUCAGCACCAUCUCCUUGAGGAAGCAUCGUGUUCGUGCUGACUUUGGAUUACUUUUAAAACACUAGGAAUGGUAAUUUCUACUUUUCAGGACCUCAAAACCAAGAAGCUAAAGAGAAUCCUAUGUAAAUAAAGUGAAAUCUCCUCUGUUGUCCUUUUGCAUUUGGAGACUUCUUUAUUUCACCAUACACAAGGAGUCUAUAACUAGUGCAGUCAUUAUGAAUGUGACAAGUUUAUUUUCCUUCACAAGUCCAGCUGUGAAGAGACUCCUUGGGUGGAAACAGGGUGAUGAAGAAGAAAAAUGGGCAGAGAAAGCUGUUGAUGCUUUGGUGAAAAAACUGAAGAAAAAGAAAGGUGCCAUGGAGGAACUGGAAAAGGCCUUGAGCUGCCCGGGGCAGCCAAGUAACUGUGUCACCAUUCCCCGCUCUCUGGAUGGCAGGCUGCAAGUUUCUCACCGGAAGGGACUGCCUCAUGUCAUUUACUGCCGUGUGUGGCGCUGGCCGGAUCUUCAGAGCCACCAUGAACUAAAACCACUGGAAUGCUGUGAGUUUCCUUUUGGUUCCAAGCAGAAGGAGGUGUGCAUCAAUCCCUACCACUAUAAGCGAGUAGAAAGCCCUGUUCUUCCUCCAGUGCUGGUUCCAAGACACAGCGAAUAUAAUCCUCAGCACAGCCUCUUAGCUCAGUUCCGUAACUUAGGCCAAAAUGAGCCUCACAUGCCACUCAACGCCACUUUUCCGGAUUCUUUCCAGCAACCCAACAGCCAUCCGUUCCCUCACUCCCCCAGUAGCAGCUACCCCAACUCUCCUGGAAGCAGCAGUGGCACCUACCCGCACUCUCCCACCAGCUCAGACCCAGGAAGCCCUUUCCAGAUGCCAGCUGAUACUCCCCCACCUGCUUACCUGCCUCCCGAGGACCCCAUGACCCAGGAUGGCUCUCAGCCAAUGGACACAAAUAUGAUGGCACCUUCCCUGCCCUCAGAAAUCAACAGAGGAGAUGUUCAGGCGGUUGCUUAUGAGGAACCAAAACACUGGUGCUCUAUUGUCUACUAUGAGCUCAAUAAUCGUGUGGGCGAAGCGUUCCAUGCCUCCUCCACGAGCGUGUUGGUGGAUGGUUUCACCGAUCCUUCCAACAAUAAGAACCGUUUCUGCCUUGGGCUGCUCUCCAACGUUAACCGGAAUUCCACUAUUGAAAACACAAGGCGGCACAUUGGAAAAGGAGUGCAUCUCUACUAUGUUGGCGGGGAAGUGUAUGCCGAAUGCCUCAGCGACAGCAGCAUCUUCGUGCAAAGUCGGAACUGCAACUACCAUCAUGGAUUUCACCCCACUACUGUUUGCAAGAUCCCUAGUGGGUGCAGUCUGAAAAUUUUUAAUAACCAAGAAUUCGCUCAGUUAUUGGCACAGUCUGUGAACCACGGCUUCGAGACCGUCUAUGAGCUCACUAAAAUGUGCACUAUCCGCAUGAGCUUUGUAAAGGGUUGGGGAGCAGAAUACCACCGCCAGGAUGUUACUAGCACCCCCUGCUGGAUUGAGAUCCACCUGCAUGGCCCCCUCCAGUGGCUGGAUAAAGUUCUUACUCAGAUGGGUUCACCUCACAAUCCUAUUUCAUCUGUGUCUUAAACGGCCUCAGGCUUCUGCCUCUUGAAAACUGUUGAGCCUUGCAUGUACUUGAAGGAUGGAUGAGUCAGACAUGAUCGAGAACUGACAAAGGAGCCUUGAUAAUACUUGACCUCUGUGACCAACUGUUGGAUUCAGAAAUAAAAACACUUUGGUAACAUACUGUCGAUAUCAAGAACCUGUUUAGUUUACAUUGUGACGUUCUAUGGCAAAAUCAACUAAAAUGCAUACUUUUAGCAGGACUUCAUGUAUAGUUAAAGGAGAGAUGGCCAAGCCAGGGACAAAUUAUCUAUUGGAGAAACGGUCCUAAGAGAUUCUUUUGUGUUUGGCACUUUAAGGUCAUCGUUUGGCAAAAGUUUAGCAUUAAUAAUCUCUCUGAAGUGUGUUUCUAUCAGGUUUAGAACCCAUGUUGAGUCUUCUUUUCAUGGGUUUUCAUAAUAUUUUAAAACUAUUUGUUUAGUAACGGUUUUUGUUUGUUUUUUAAGUAAAGUUUAAUCUUGAUGAUAUACAUAGUAAUCUUUCUAAAAUUGUAUGCUGACCAUACUGCUGUCAGAAUAAUGUUCGGCAUAUGCUCUUUGCUAAAUACAUAUGUACAGAAUAUUUGGAAGUUAAGAAUUGAUUCGACUAGUGGAUUUAGGAGUAUUUGAGGGGGUUGGGGGAGAGGGAAAUGACAACUGCAAAUGUAGAAUAUACUGUAAAGAGUCAGUUUGUUGCUUUCAAGAAACAAACUGAUGUCUGAAUUUUGCUGUGUUUCAAUUUUUUAGAGAUUUUAUCCUACUUCUUCUUCUUUUUUUUUUUUUUUUUCCGUAUCUUCUAUCCCUUCCUCUCCAAAAAGCAGUUAUGCAGCUGGUUAAUUCAUGUAACUGUGAGAGCAAAUGAGUAAUUCCUGCCACUCUGAAAUCGACUGCCUGUAUGUUUCAAUACCAAUUGUAUGGAGUGCUUGAUGUAGUAAGCAGUCUCUGUGGAGUUUACCGAAAUAGGCUUUAAUUUUCAAGUGAAUUGUUUGCCAAACCUAGUAACUGUUAAAUAUUUGGAGGAUUUAAAGAACAUCCCUGUUUAAAUCCAUUUCAGACUUUUUAAAUUUUUUUGUACUAUGUUUGGUUUUAUUUUUCUUCUGCUAAUCUUUUAUAUUCACUUACGCUCUCGUACAUUGAGUACUUUUAUUCCAAAACUAGUGGGUUUUCUCUACUGGAAAUUUUCAAUAAACCUGUCAUUAUUGCUUA